AUGAAGCCUUCCUCGGGAUUAAGAGGACUCUUAGUCCUUUUCUCUUUGACAUGGACUUGUGCUGGAGAUUGGUCAGCUAUGAAAGUACGCUGCAGCUACUUUUGGUUCUAUGCCAAGAUUAAACCCACACUAUUUCACAAUUUGUACAUGAAUCCUGAUGAAGCAUUUUUAGGAGAUGACUGCCCUGUAACCUACGUUUCACCAGAUGCUCAUUAUGAAUUUUUCUACUAUUCUAAUAAAUGUGGCAUCAUAACCAAAACUUUCCAGGAGACUCUUCUGCUUCAGACUAAAAUCAAGUAUAUCUCAAGUAACUCCGGAGACAUGGCUGAAAUGCCCGUGUCCUGUGUCGUCACGAAGCAAGCAUGCAUGUACCCUUUGUCAAAUGAAACUGAAAGUGGAGAUGAUGAAACCAGCUCUGAAGACAUGGAAGUUGCUUAUGUAUUGCAGUCACAGAAUAAUCUGAAUACUAUAUUCUCUAUGUGUGCCAAAUGA